CGCAGCCCGGCGCCCGCUCUGCGCGUCACUUCCGGUGAGGUACGGCAGGCGCCGGAAGUGCCUCCAUAGCUGUCGGCGGGGAGAGGGGAGCGAGGAGCGACGGCGCCAUGGUGGAGGAAGUCCAGAAGCACUCUGUGCACACACUUGUGUUCAGGUCUUUGAAGAGAACCCAUGAUAUGUUUGUAGCUGAUAAUGCCAAGCCUGUGCCGUUAGAUGAUGAAAGCCACAAAGUAAAGAUGGCAGUGAAGCUGCGUACUGAGUACGGCUCAGUGUUGCACAUGCCUACACUUAAAGAAAACAUGAGAGAGAAAGGAGGCCCAGCUACUGGGGAUCCAUAUGGACAUAAACAGUAUUCCGGAAAUGAAGGAGAAGAACUGGAGUAUGUGAUAACUGGCACGCAUCCAUACCCACCUGGGCCUGGUGUGGCUCUGACAGCAGAUACUAAGAUCCAGAGGAUGCCUAGUGAAUCUGCAGCUCAGUCCUUAGCUGUAUCUCUUCCCGCUUCUCAGUCCAGGUUGGAUGCUAAUCGGACAGCUGCCGGUGUGGGAGAGAUUUACAGACAUGCUGGGAUAUCUGAGCGCUCACAGCCUCCUGGGAUGUCUGUGGCUAUGAUGGAAGCUGGCGGAACCAAAAAUUCUGCAUUAGUACCAAAGAAGGCUCCAACCAUGCCCAAGCCUCAGUGGCAUCCACCUUGGAAACUGUACAGAGUUAUCAGCGGUCACUUGGGCUGGGUGAGAUGCAUUGCAGUAGAACCAGGAAAUCAGUGGUUUGUUACUGGCUCUGCUGACAGAACUAUUAAGAUUUGGGACCUUGCUAGUGGCAAGUUGAAAUUGUCUUUGACGGGGCACAUUAGCACUGUACGAGGUGUGAUAGUAAGUGCAAGGAGUCCUUACCUCUUUUCCUGUGGAGAAGACAAACAAGUGAAAUGCUGGGAUCUUGAGUACAAUAAGGUUAUCAGACAUUACCAUGGUCAUUUAAGUGCUGUCUAUGGUUUAGACUUGCACCCAACAAUAGAUGUCCUGGUGACGUGUAGCAGAGAUUCAACAGCACGAAUUUGGGAUGUGAGGACAAAAGCUAGUGUGCACACGCUCUCAGGACACACAAAUGCUGUGGCAACAGUGAAGUGCCAGGCUGCAGAACCACAAGUUGUUACAGGCAGCCAUGAUACUACCAUACGGCUUUGGGAUUUAGUGGCAGGGAAAACUCGUGUUACUUUAACAAACCAUAAGAAAUCUGUAAGAGCAGUAAUACUACAUCCAAGACAUUACACAUUUGCAUCUGGUUCUCCAGAUAACAUUAAGCAGUGGAAAUUCCCGGAUGGAAACUUCAUUCAGAACCUCUCUGGUCACAAUGCCAUUAUCAACACACUGACUGUAAAUUCAGAUGGAGUUUUGGUCUCAGGAGCUGAUAAUGGUACUAUGCAUCUUUGGGACUGGAGAACUGGAUACAAUUUCCAAAGAGUGCACGCAGCUGUACAGCCAGGCUCUUUGGACAGCGAAUCGGGAAUAUUUGCUUGUGUUUUUGACCAGUCUGAAAGCAGGUUGCUAACUGCUGAAGCUGAUAAGACCAUAAAAGUGUAUAAAGAAGAUGAUACUGCGACUGAAGAAACUCAUCCUAUCAGCUGGAAACCAGAAAUUAUCAAGAGGAAGCGAUUUUAAUGCGACAACACACUUGUGCUAUGAUUUUUUUCUGGCUUUUUCGAGAGCUUUCAGUCACAUGUUCUGUCUACAACAGAAGAGCAGGAAGUCAGCAAAUCUGUGCUUUUUCAGUGUGUUUUCUAAUAAAUUUCAUUUCUUCCUUUUUGUCUUUUUUUGGGUUGCGUGAUCCCAGCAAACAGGUUGCAGCUAUCAGCCUUCUCUUUGGCUGCACGCAUGUGGAGCAUGUGUGGUUCAUGGAGAGGAUAAAUGUGCAGGUGGUUGCUUUUUUAUAUGCCUCUACUGAGCGUGAAUCUGAAAAGAUUUGGUGAGCUGGGUUUUCUGCAAGACCCUUGCUUUGCUCCAAAAGUAGCUGAGUUUACCAUAGAGUCCAUCUACGGGACAUUUAUUGAGUGGCACUUCUAGAUUUUAGAGCCAUGUUGUUUACUGUGUAUGUGCUUAGUAAAUACUGUAAUGGAACGUUACGUGUGCUAAAGUACAGAAUGAGAGAUUAACCAAUAAAGAUCAUGGCAUAAUACA